AUGGGUGUUCAAGGAUCUAAAGAUGAUGCUUCAGUUUAUGUCAAUGGAGCCAACAGACACAAUGAUGUACUCACAGAUAAAGAAAGUCGAAAAUAUAAAAGAUAUACCAUUCAUCAUAAAAGAAACAACAACAAUGAGAAUGAUAUUUUGGAUAUAUCCAAUAUGAUUGAUGUAUCACUGAUAGAGAAUCAUCUUAAUAAUAUCAAUAAUAACAAUAACAACAAAAAUUAUGAUAAUAAUACAACUUUCGAUACAAGUACCACAACCACUACCACAACCACCACCAGCAACACCAACACAAACAAAACUCAUAUUAAUAAUUUAUCAAUUUCUUCACCAAAUAAUAUAAAUUAUAAUAAUAUCAAUAAUAAUAAUAAUAUUUGUAAACAACAACCAAGUAUAUGUAUAAAUAAUAAUAGUAUCAACAACAAUAAUAAUAAUAGUAAUUUAAAUCAAAGCACAGGUGGAGUGAAAUCCAAGUUUUUACAAAGAAAACAUAAAGCAAAAACUAUAAGUUUGAGUAAUAGCCAUAUUAAUAAUAAUAGUAAUAAUAUUAGUAAUAGUAAUAGUAGUAGUGCCAGUAGUCUUGGUGGGUUGAAUAAUAAUAAUACUAAUAGUAGUAAUAGUAGUAUUGGCAGUAGUAGUACCGGUAGUAGAAGUAACAAUACGAGUUCCAAUAGUUUUGGAAACUUAUCGCAAACACCAAACACCACGGCGACCAGUCACAGCAGUCUAGUGUCAACGAUUGACAAUAACGAUUCACUGUUGUCGUUGUCCUCAGGAGUCGGAUCAUCGUUUGCAUCGUUGGACGAAGUCGAAUCGCUUCCACAGCAACAUCAACAACCAAUAUUCUCAAGAACCAGAUCGAAAUCACUGAAUCUUCACCAACAACGAUCAUAUCUGGCCGUUGGUGGUAAUCAUCAACAACAAAUAGCGUCAUCAUCAAAAUCCUCAUCGAAUUCAUCUCCAAAAGAAGAUAGACAUUCAAUCACCAACAACAACAAUACUGCUAAUACCAACAACGACAACAAAAUACAAGGCAGAAAGAGCAGAUCGAGCAAUGCACUUUUAAGAACACUCCAAAGAAAAGUAAAGAAAGAUAAAUCCGAGGAGUACAAAGAGAAGAAAGAAAAGGAGAAGGAAGAGAAACAAAGAGAAAAAGAGGAGAAACAAAGAGAAAAGAAAGAAAAAGAGAGAGAAAAAGAAAGAAGAGAAAGAAAAGGAGAAGGAAAAAGAAAAAGAAUUAAAAUCAACUUUAACCAAACUAUCAAGUUCCUAGUGCCAGAAUUAAGUGAUAAUCAUCAAAACAACAAAUCAUUUGAAAAUAUAGUAUCGAUCGAAGAGAAUAACGAGAGUUUCAGUCAGUUGUUGGAGGAAGAAGAAGAAGAGACUGUUGUUGCCGGUAACAAGAGCAAGAGCCAUAGUAAUAGCAGACCUUUCUACGACGAUCUCUAUUGUGAUAACUUUAAGCUAAAUAAUCCACUUUCACCAAGUUUCGACUCUAUCCAAGAGGUCUCCGAAGAGGACUACUACGCUAGCAGCCAAGCAGCAGGACCGACAUCACCAUCAUCCGCCAGCAGUCAACCACCACCACUUCCCAGAAGAAAACCACCACCCCUACCACCAAAGAACUUCCGUUCUUCGAAUACAACACCAAACACCUCAUCUUCAAACCUCAAUCAAUACAUCACCACCAACGCCACCACCACUGCCAACAACAACAACUCAAUGGAUACUCCGGGAUUGAUGUUGUCACCGCUGAGUCUGGGACAACGCUCACCGAUGUUGUCCCGUCGCCAGUCCAAUCUGUAUCCACCGUCGGAACCAUCGAUGCCAUCGCCUUGCAGCUCGCAACGCAACUCGGUGGAGAUUCACAAGUUGGAGGACAUCUUCAACUACACCUUGCUCGACAAGAUUGGCAGUGGAACAUUCAGUGAUGUACAUCUCUGUCGACACAAGGAAACAGACAAACAAUACGCAAUCAAGAUCAUCGAUAAAUCAUUGGUGCAAAUGAUUGCUUCACACACCGAUUUGGAUAUUUCUACCGAGGUAAACAUUCUCAGUACUCUAUCACAUCCUCACGUCAUUAAAUUGGUUGAGCAUUUUGAAUCGGAAAUGAAUUAUUAUAUCGUUAUGGAAUAUUUAUCAGGUGGUGAAUUACUUUAUCAAUUGGAGGAGACACAUAAUAAUCCGGAGAACAAGAGUGGCGUUGCCAAUUACACUGAGCAAUCGGCAAGAGAAAUCAUUAAGCAAAUCAUUCAUGCAGUGGCUUUUCUACACAAGAAUAACAUUGUACACAGAGAUCUCAAGCCAGAGAAUAUAUUGUUCAACGGAAAGAGUGAGUUUGCAACGUUGAAGAUUAUCGACUUUGGUUUGGCGUCCUACUACAAAGCACCUCUAGCCGAUAUCUGUGGUACUCCCGAUUUCCAAGCGCCAGAAAUGAUAAAGAGACAAGGCUACUCGUAUCCAGUCGAUAUCUGGGCAACCGGUGUUAUUCUUUAUAUCCUGCUGUGCGGACACCCACCAUUCCAGGGUAAGAACUCAAUGGCGAUCAUGUCGCUCAUUAUGAAAGGCGAGAUCAAGUUUGAUAAGCCAGAGUGGGAGAAUGUAUCGGAUUCCGCCAAGGAUCUAAUCAGCAAGAUGCUGGAUUCCGAUCCCUCAAAGAGAUUGACUGCCGAACAAGUAUUGCAACACGAGUGGAUGCUCAUCCAGUCAAGACCAGAGGAUUCACCAAGACUGAGCGGUUCCUUCCACAAACAACUUCGUCGUUACAAUUCACAGCGUUUCUUUAAAGCUACAGGUGAUACACUGCUAAAGAGUCAGAGGUUUGGUAUUUAUUCACCUGAAUUGAUAAAACGUAGAUCAAUCCAACUUUAA